GAGGUUAUGUCACUCCUGCAUAACUGUCAGCUUCUUGUCGAUGUUUGUUGGGCACGUGCUUAGAGAAAUAUGUGCUAACUGUAUAUGCACAUAUUUUAUUUACUGAAAUUUAAUAACAAUUAUUUAUCGUAAUUUUAUAAAUCUUUAGAAAAAGAAUACAAUAUACUUAUAAAUCUUCGUAGAAAAACAGAUUACAACAAGAAACAUGUCUGCAGCUUUGCAAAGGGAAAUUGCAAAGGCAAAGAAAAUUUUGCACCCAAAUAGUCGAAAGGCAAUUGCAAUUGCGAAGAAAACUAAGAAGAUCUCGGAGAAACAAAAAGCUAAGAUAUGUGGUUCAAUAAAGCAAAAUGUGAUAGCAGACAAGAUGAUAUGGAUGCAGCAGCAUAUGGUUUCUGAUGUGUGUCCAUAUACUCCAGAAUUAACAGCAGAGUUGCUUCUAAAGUACAUUGGAAGGAAUGAUGAGGAAUUGGAGCAAAUUACUCUGAAGCAUUCCAUAGGAAGAAGAAAUAGACAACAUGCUAGUAGAGAAGAUAUUAUAAGAAUGACCAAAAAAAGAGAACAAGAAGAGUUCAAUACUUGUGGAAUUGAAAUUCCUGACAUUUUAAUUGCAACGCAAUGUGAAAUGCUGAGAAGUUGGAAUGGUGAAUUGAGGCUUUUGCCUAAUUUUAAGUUUCGAAGGUUUGGAAAGAAGCACUUAAGAGAAGCGUUGCAAAGAAAAAUGAAAACAGAAUCACAUACGUAGAUUUAUAAUAUUGUACUAAGUUAAAUAUGUUAAAUAUGAAAUAAAGUAAAUAUUUAAAAUAUAAAAAAUAAUAAAACUGGAAAUACCGAGAGCAACAUUUUUAUCCUGUAUUAGACCUCAAAACAGAUUUUUAUAUGUAAAAUAACAAUCAUAUAAAAAUGUACAACUAGAAAUAAUUAUGAAAAUUAUGGAAAAGUAUGGAAGAAAGAUAUUUUCUUGUUGAUAAGCAUGUUUAAUUAAUUUUUAUAACAGUGCGUUUCUCUGUUAAAUCUCCAGCAGAAAUUGAUCUUGGUUUUGGUACAAUUAAUAAAAUUGAUAAAAUUGAA